GGACACGUAACUGUACGUCGAGUAGGUGCGAUUCAAAAACGGACGAGUCCGUCAACGGUUGCGGAUGCGAUCUCGUGAACGAUUUAAUUUAUUCUAAUUGAUUUUAAUUCAAUCUAAUUUAUUUGUAUAUAUACACCUUUAUUCAAAAUGUCGUUGGCUCCGCGAAAGGCAUUCCUCGCGAAGGCUUCUAGUUCAAAGGACAGGUCUAGCGGAAAGGAGAACGAACGUCCUCCCUCGACCGCGACUGCAGCCGUUAAAAAGUGCAAGCAGCAAGUUCCUCGAAUACUCGUUAUACCUUGCUCGAAUGACGAUCAAACGAAAGGUGGAACGAUCGCUGGAUCAGUUUCAUGCCAGAAGGGACUCGCGAUCGCCAAUGCUUUUUCGUCGGCGAAGAAGCUGCCGUUCGACGUCCACUGCGACGAAGAGGAUGCCAUGCAACGACACCUACGACUACCCCCCAGUUUGGCCUCCGAACCCGGGGCAUCCAAAACUAUUGCAUCCUCUGCUUACUCUGCGUCCAGUGCGCCCUCGCGCGAUCAACGGAUCGAUCGCAUGCAGUCUGUUCUGGGAACCGGCAAGCGACGCGGGCUCUCGCAGAAACUGUCGCAGGACGACAGAAUUGCGACGGAGGGGAGGCAGUCGCGCAGACACGAAAACGCUUUACCGUCGAAGAUUCCUCGGCGGCGAGUCAGAUCGAGUUCCACCAACUCGGACACCAGAGGUCUUUCGUCGCGACCACCGCCAAAAACUGUAGCGUUUGUAACCGCAGGAAGUUCGUGCUCGACCACUGACCAAACUUACAUGAUCGACCGCAUUGCAACCGAGACGCGUGAAGCGUAUAUCGCUGUUACUCCCAAUGUUAAUGCUAUGGUCCAGAGAAACUGCAACGGAAGGAUCCCAGGGAAUCGAAUCGUCGACUCGAUCGACUCGAUCGAUUCUGCAGUAUUUCCGAAGAUAACGAGCACACCUGUAAGAAACGUUCGACUACCAGAGACGACGAAUUCACGUUUCGGCGGACUGACCUGCAACGCCGACUAUCACGCGGAUCUGCCGAUCGUCGAACGAGAAAAGGAAUACCUUGCUCCGAAAUUGUCGGGAAAUUUUCUCAUGGUGCACGUGAACGCCGAACAAAGAAAAGUCAUAGUUAAAUUUAUGAUUCGUUUGGGAGUAAGUAACGUUCGAUGCGAGAUUACACCGAUCGAAUGGAAGCUAAUCGAAGGUGUUUGCUCGCAGACGCACUGCAAAUUCCCCUCGUACAUAAUCUAUCGAGCGGUGAAGAUUUUCGACACGACGAUCGAUAGGAUACGAGUCGACACGGCGUUCAUACAGAUUACAGCGCUGGCCAGCUUGUGGAUAGCGUUAAAAAUUCUAGAGAACUCGGACAAAAUACCCACGGCUUCGCUGAUGAUCAGCCUGGCCAAGGACCUCUACGCUGGAAAGCAGCACUUGCUGAUCGAAUACGAGAGAAAAAUUCUACGAGCCUUGGACUACAACGUCUCUUUCGCCGACGCGUACUCUCUCCUCUCUUACCAUUUGAUCAACUACAAUUUUUGCUCGAACAUUACCCAGGAUGUGUUCCAGUUCUUAUUUUACGCGGGCAGUUACGUGAUCGACCUGACCCUGUUGGAUGAAAGUUUUUGUCGAACGUCUGCGAGUCUGGUCACGGAGACGGCGGUUGAGCUGGUCCUCGGCCUUGUUCUGGACCAGAACCAGGCUGACGUUAACAAUAUGAUUCGACCCAGAUGGCAGUUUUGGAGAGGAUUGCUAUGCGCCGCUGCCGGGGCUACUGGUUUUAUCUUCAUGGACAGGUUACAGAACGACCGAUCAGAGACGGACCGAUGUCGCGUUGCGAUGCUGCGCUCCAUGCUGAACUCGAAUAGAACGGGUUCUGGAUUCGAGGUGGUAUAUCGAAAGUACAGCCGCAGCAGAUACGGUCGCAUUGCGAAGCCUUUGCUCGACCUAGCAGCCAAACUGUCGCCGUUCGAACUCUUUGAUCCCUAGAGAAUCGCCUUCGUGUGUCGCGGCUACGAUUUUACCACUUGACUUUUAUUAUUGUUAUACCUUUAUCAGAGCGAAUAAAAGAAGAAUUGGUUGUUGGAAAUUCCAA